AUGCCAAACAAGAUUCAGAGUACGGCAGUCGUCAAUACUGAUGAGAUUGCUCGAAAAUUAGAAGCUGUCUGUGGUAUCAAAUCAGGUUCGAUCUAUAUCAGUACUAUUGUGAUCACUCAUAGUGAACCAAAUGCCGAUGGUCGUCACCAUCAAGUUGAUAGUGAAAAACGUGAAAUACCUAAAUGUGAUCAGCUGGAAUCUGUCAGCUCAAUUGUGAAAAUAACAAUGCAUAUAAUUUAUCCGGCAAGAUGUGGCAUAUCUAUGCGUUGCAAAAAAGAAUUCGCUGAUGUUAUCCAAGCUCGUCUUGUUGCAUAUAGUUCAAUUAUUUUACUAGAAUUCAAAUUUGAUGACGACAGCUUCAGUGAACUUGCUUUGACCAGAUGUAAGAGUGCCACUGAUUCAUCAUUGAAUUCUUCAGUACGGUCACGACGUGCUGCUAAAGCCACUACAACCAAAAGCUAG